CAUUGACAGCCUGUUAUUCUCUAGAUGAGGUGCACAGGAUGCAUACAGGAAACACAAUUUGAAUUUGCCCUUCAGUCAGAGGACCACGAUGACCUCAGCGUGUUGGAUGCUGCGGGCGUGUACAAGGAGGAAUUGGGGUCACGGACGAAGUGUUCUUUUUGAGCAAAGAAAUGGAUUCAAACAUGCAUCUAAGAAACCAGAGAAAAUUGAAACUGAGCUUCAAAACAGCCAAGAGACCACAAGUCAAAGUAGUUUUACUCCUAUAGCAGAACAGGUUCACCCUGCUCGUAUCCACAUACUGAAGCAACUUUACAAGCCUUUUCUUUUUACUGUUGGGUUUUCAGGUAGCUGUUUUGGAAUAGCGGCCAUUUGGCAGUAUGAAUCUUUGAAAAAUCGUAUGAAAACUUACUUUGAAGAUAUUCGAGCAGAUUGGCUAGAGAAGAUAAGGCCUCCAAAGCAAGGGAACUUCAGGAAGGAGGUAAAUGAAUGGUGGAACAGUCUGAGUGAGGGACAGAAGACUGUGUCAGGUAUCAUUGCAGCUAACAUAUUGGUAUUUUGCCUUUGGAGAGUUCCUUCCAUGCAACGCACAAUGAUCCGAUACUUCACAUCCAACCCUGCAUCUAAGUCCAUCUGCCUGCCCAUGACUUUAUCUACAUUCAGCCACUACUCGUUUUUCCAUCUGGCUGCAAAUAUGUAUGUCCUGUGGACAUUUUCCUCCAGUAUUGUGUCAAUUCUAGGCCAGGAACAAUUUGUGGCUGUCUAUAUGUCCGCAGGUGUUAUAUCUUCAUUUGCAAGCUAUGUCUCCAAAGUAUCAAUAGGACGCUUUGGCCCAUCCCUUGGAGCUUCUGGUGCAAUCAUGACCGUUCUAGCUGCUGUGUGUACAAAGAUGCCUGAAGCCAAACUAGCCAUCAUCUUUCUUCCCAUUUUCACAUUUACCGCUGGGAACGCUCUCAAGGCUAUCCUUGCCUUAGAUUCAGUUGGCCUGAUCUUGGGCUGGAGGUUUUUUGACCAUGCAGCACAUCUUGGUGGAGCUCUGUUUGGAAUCUGGUACGCCUUAUACGGACACGAGCUCAUCUGGAAAAAGAGGGAGCCUUUUGUAAAAAUGUGGCAUGACUUCCGGAGCAAGCCCCCAAGAAAUGGAGGAUCUUGACUUUAAGCAUUAAGCAAGGACAAACAUAUAAUCGCAGUCCCUUAAGGUGCAGGCCACAUGACUGAUGGCAUCUUUAGAACUUCAGCAUUUUGACACUUGAUGUGACAAGUUGCUAUAAUUUGAUGAUGUUUAAAAUACAGUAAAUAUGUCAUGUAUAGUGAAUGUUCAGUGACCAUCUGUACUACGGAAGUAUGUUGAACAUCUUAUCUAAAUUAUUUAUUUUUUACUUCUUUGCAAAUUCAUCAUCCCUAAAAUUGCAGGGAACCAGUUGUGUUC